ACACAUUCGGAAACUUCAAUGGACCCGAGAAUCUGGAGCAAACUACCUCGUGAUGUUGUGGAACACAUUCUGCUGUUACUCCCUCUGAAGACACUCUUGAAUCUGAGACCCACUUGCAAGGCCUUCACCUCUCUUCUCUUCUCUCCCUCAUUCAUCUCCAAACACUCUUCUUCUUCCUCACCCUUCUCUUCCUUUCUCCUACUCUCCCACCCUCACUGCCCCCACCACUUUCUUCUCUACGAUUCCAAACUCUGCGCUUGGCGCUCCUUCUUUCUCUCCCUCUCUCGCUCUCUUCCCUUCUCCUCUUCCUUCACUCUUGUCUCCUCCUCCGGUGGCCUCUUUUGUCUCUACGACCCCUCCUCUUCUUCCUUUCUUGUUUCCAACCUCUUUGUCAAGUCCUACAGAAAAAUAGAAUCACCAACACGCUUGGCCCAUUUCAGUUUCUUUACCACCCCUCUUGGCUACAACAUAGUGCUUCUUUCUUCCAACAACACUGUCUUUGUCUACGAUUCUAACGAGCUUUCGUGGCGAUGUUUUCAGGGUUUCAAUGCUAUUCUGAGCUACAGUUACCACCAGCAGGGUGCUUUCUUUGAUGGGGGCUUGUACUUUACGACCCCGGAACCGUUUUCGGUGGUGCGUUUGGAUUUGGAGAGAGGGAAGUGGGAGAGGCACGUUGCUGAGUUACCCCACCGCCACCAACUCACUUUCGUGAGGCUGGUGAGUGAUGGAGAUCAAGGGAAGUUGUACUUGCUUGGUGGGGUUGGGAACGAUGGAAUCUCGAGGAGCAUCACGUUGUGGGAGAUGAUGGGUGAAAGGGGUGUUUGGGUGGAAGUGGCGAGGUUGCCUGAGAUUGUGUGCAGAAAAUUUGUGUCGGUUUGUUACCAUAACUAUGACCAUGUUUAUUGCUUUUGGCACGAGGGAAUGGUAUGUGUCUGCUGCUAUAUGUGGCCCGAGAUGUUGUGUUACAGUGUUUUGAGGAUGAGUUGGGAUUGGCUUCCCAAGUGCCCCUAUUUGCCUCUCAAAGGUAGCUGUGGUUUCAACUGGUUUUCUUUUGUUCCAAGACUUUAUGCUUCUGUCUGAACUGCAUAUGUCAUCAUGCUAAAAUAUAUAGUGUAUAUAAACAUCGAGCUGUUCUCUCCUUACACCAUUCUAGGUUGAGUUAAGUCUAUGAUAUUAUUGGAUUCUAUCAUAACAAUUAUUGAUUGUUGUUAAGUUUAUCAGAUUACACGUACAUAUUUAGUUCUAUAAAUCCUAAACUUUACAUUUGAAUUGUCUUGGAAAGGAAUGUGUUGGAGAUUCUAUCUCUACGGGUGAUAAGGAAAAAUACUGUAUCUAAAUAAGAAAUAAUUUUCAUUUACAACAUUGAAUCCGAGAAAUAAUUCUUUUUGAUAGUAGUGUUGAUGUUAUUACACUUAAGAUUAUCAAUUGAGCAAGAACCCUGCAUGAGUU